AUGGGGGAUCCUAUCAAAAUACAAGUUGAUCUGUUUGACGGUUAUAAAAAACAUAUUACUCGUGGUGGAGACCAUAUUGCUGUAACACAGUACACACUGUGUUCUCUUAAUCCUGAAAUCCCUGGAUAUAAAAACAUGUGCAACUAUACAUCAGCCAAUAAUUACCUCCCGUGGUAUUGUGACUAA